GAUAAUUUCACAUAUUUAUCGCUUCGUUUCACUCUCGUAAACGAACGCUCCAGAAAACCUAACCGGAUUUGCUUUUCUCUCUCAGUCUUCAUAUAGUUUUCGCGAUUUUCGUACCUGAAGUCAAAACCCAUCUUCCUAUUCCUAUUAUUAUCUUCUCUCUUCAUCUCAUCACAACACUUAUGGCUGAAGUUGGUCAAAGCUAUGGUGAGAAUGAAGUAGAACAAGUGCAAGAACAUGUGGACCUGGAGCAGAAUCUUAACCUGGGGCAUGAUUUGAACUUGGAGCACAGUGCAAACUUGGAACAAAAUGCGAACUUGGAGCACAUUGCAAACUUGGAGCACAUGGCAAACUUGGAGCACAAUGCAAACUUGGAGCAUAUUGCAAACUUACAGCAGAUUGCAAACUUGGAGCACAAUGCAAACUUAGAGCACAUUGCUAACUUGGAGCACAAUGCUAACUUAGAGCAUAGUGUGGACUCGGAGCAGAACUUAAACUUGGAGGAAGAACCGGAAGAGAACUUGGAGGAGCAGAAAUUGCAGCAGGAAUCACAACAUCAACCAAAACAAGACCAUGAAAACGAGGCAGUGGUUGGAGGUGGUGAAAAGAAGUGGCCUGGAUGGCCUGGAGAGAGUGUGUUCCGGAUGUUAGUUCCUGCACAGAAGGUUGGUAGUAUAAUUGGACGUAAAGGGGAGUUCAUAAAAAAAAUAGUUGAGGAGACAAGAGCUCGAAUCAAGAUACUUGAUGGUCCUCCAGGGACAACAGAGAGAGCUGUAAUGGUAUCUGGGAAGGAGGAGCCUGAUUCUUCUCUUCCGCCUGCUAUGGAUGGACUUCUAAGGGUCCAUAAACGCCUUAUUGAUGGCUUGGAGGGUGAUUCAUCUCAUGCACCAUCGGCUGUGGGAACCAAGGUUUCAACAAGGCUGCUAGUCCCUGCCCCACAAGCUGGAAGUUUGAUUGGAAAACAAGGAGCAACUGUCAAAACCAUUCAAGAAUCGUCUAAUUGUAUUGUUAGAGUUCUUGGAUCAGAAGACCUUCCAGUCUUUGCUCUUCAAGAUGAUAGGAUUGUUGAAGUUGUAGGAGAAGCAGCUGAUGUGCAUAAAGCAUUGGAGCUAAUUGCAUCUCACCUCAGGAAGUUUUUAGUGGACCGCAGUAUAAUUCCCUUAUUUGAAAUGCAUAUGCAAAAGUCUAAUCCUCAAAUGGACCACAUGCCACCUCGUCAAACCUGGGCCCCACCUCAGGGUGUCCCUCCUAAUGCUGGUGGAGGUGGUUUUGGACACAAUCCUCAGUACAUGCCACCUCCACGGCAACUCGAGAAUUACUACCCACCUGCUGAUAUGCCUCCUAUGGAUAAGCAGCCACAUCAGGGUAUUUCUGCCUAUGGAAGAGAAGCCCCAACUGGUGCUCAUGGAUCAUCAAAUCCCAAUGCACCAUCAAUGAUCACACAGGUCACUCAGCAAAUGCAAAUUCCGCUAUCUUAUGCUGAUGCUGUUAUUGGGACAGCUGGUGCAAGCAUUAGCUAUAUUCGACGUGUUAGUGGGGCAACUGUCACCAUUCAAGAAACUAGGGGUGUUCCUGGGGAAAUGACAGUUGAAAUAAGUGGUACUGCUUCACAAGUUCAAACUGCUCAGCAACUGAUACAGAAUUUUAUGGCUGAAGCUGCCGCACCAGCACAGGCACAAGUUGGUGGGGCUGCAGACCAAGCUUAUAAUCCGUAUGCAGCUCAUGGUUCUCUAUACGCAUCACCACCAUCCAAUCCAGGACACGCGGGUGGUUAUGGCUAUGGUUCAAACUAUGGGUACUAAGCAAAGGGUUUAGAUAUUACAUGUUGGAGGUCAUAAAAUGAUGGGAGAAUGGAGGUGGUAGAACUAGCAAAAUUGGUUUCAAAGUGCUGUAGUGUUGUACCGGUGGUUAAUGUGGUGUUAGAGCAAACUGAAAACUACAUGUUUGAUUUUGCCGUGUGUAUUAGGGCUGACCCAUUACAAUAUUUUUGGAAUUUUCUUUAAUUUCAUCAGUCUCUCAGUGCCUUCUUAAAGAGGAGAUUAAGUUUCAAUUGUAUUGAAGCAUAUUUAAUUUGAAUUUUAUGAAACAGAUUUAGAUUUUAAAAAGUAUUAAA